UAUAAUUUCUAAAUAACAAAAAAAAAAAAAAAUGAUUGCGUGAUUCAAACACGCCAAAUUGAUUACAGGUCAUGACUUUGCGGUGACUUUGCAGAGGCGCCCCAAUCUCUCUACUGUGUUUUUCUUUUGAAAGCCAUAGCAAAACCCAGCAUCAAUCCUCCUCUCACUCACUCACUCACUCACUCACUCCCGCAUUAUUAUCACCCCUGUUUGUUUCCCGUGAAGAAUCAGCCCAGAAAGGUAGAAUCAUUCUUCUGUUGCUUUCUCGGGGGGAAUUUCUCCUUCCAAAUCGACGAAUUUUGCUUUGAAAUGUAACUUCAUUGAUAGAUAUUACAACUCAGUCCAAGUUACAAUUUGAUCUCCUGCUGAAACUCCAAUUAGAAUUCAACCAGAGAAGUGUUCGUUACUGUAUUAUAUUUUAUAUGGUUCUUCUCUGGCUCAGAUCUCGAGCUUAUUUCAUCUCACAGAUUUUUUCCUGCGAAACCUUAACUUUCUUCUAACCCCAAUGCACGGCUACAGCCGCCUUGGUACCGCAAGGUCCAGCAACUCACCGCCUUCUUCGCCUCGGUUUCGCCAUGGACGGAGUAAGAGUAGCAGCGGAAGAGGAUCGAAGCAGAGUAUUGUACAGAAGGUCAUCUUUAUAUUUAUAUCUGCAGUGUUUAGGAGAAGAGGCGUGCUAUUGUUGGCGCCGCUACUUUACAUUUCGGGAAUGUUGUUGUAUAUGGGCUCCGUGAGCUUCGAUGUCGUUAGCUUGAAAAAUGGUGUCGUUGUAGUUCACAAGCGUCCUCCACCGGGUUCCGUGUACAGGAGCCCUCAGGUCUUUCAGAAGCUUUGGCCUUUUAUGAAUUAUGAAAGCAAUGGAACCGAAAAUGCGUUGCUAUCGGUGUGGAAUUCUAAAGUGCAUCAAGUUUGGAAGCCUUGUGUUGACAAGGAUAUCUCAAAAGCAGAAUUGCCAAGGUCGAAUGGGUAUUUCAUAAUUGAAGCAAAUGGUGGAUUAAACCAGCAACGUCUGUCGAUUUGUGAUGCUGUUGCUGUGGCUGGAUUAGUGAAUGCAACUCUUGUAAUUCCAAUUUUUCAUUUGAAUAGUGUUUGGCGAGACUCGAGCAACUUUAAGGAUAUAUUUGAUGAAGAAUUUUUCAUCAAUACUCUCCGAAAUCAAGUGAAUGUCGUCAGAGAGCUCCCAGACGAUGUACUUCAGCGUUUCGACAAUAAUAUAAGCAAAAUUGUGAAUCUUAGAGUGAAAGCUUGGUCAAGUCCAACUUACUAUCUUCAUAAGGUCCUUCCAAAGUUGGUGGAAUUGGGGGCUGUGCGGAUUGCACCAUUCUCCAACAGAUUGGCUCAUGCAGUUCCUUCAAGUGUACAAGGGCUUAGAUGCUUAGCCAAUUUUGAAGCACUAAGAUUCUCAGAACCUAUAAAGAGGCUGGCAGAGAAAAUGGUGGAUCGAAUGUUUAAGAAAAGCUACCAAAGUGAUGGAAAAUAUGUAUCUGUACAUCUUCGGUUUGAAGAGGAUAUGGUUGCUUUUUCAUGCUGUGAAUAUGAUGGUGGAGAGGAAGAGAAACACGAAAUGGAUAUUGCUCGAGAAAGAAGUUGGAGAGGAAAAUUUAGGAGAAGGGGCAGAGUAAUAAGGCCUGGUGCAAACCGAGUGGAUGGAAAAUGUCCUUUAACUCCUUUGGAGGUGGGAAUGAUGCUCAGGGGCAUGGGUUUCGAUAAAACUACUUCGGUUUAUGUUGCAGCUGGAAACAUUUAUAAAACAGAUAAGUAUAUGGCCCCACUAAAGCAAAUGUUUCCACGUUUAGAAACGAAAGAUACACUUGCUUCUGCAGAAGAGCUUGCUCCUUUUAAGGGCCACUCAUCUAGGUUGGCUGCUCUUGAUUACACGGUUUGCCUAUACAGUGAAGUGUUUGUCACCACUCAGGGUGGCAAUUUUCCACACUUCUUGACUGGCCACCGGCGCUAUUUGUUUGGGGGACAUGCUAAAACAAUCAAACCCGACAAGAGAAAAUUAGCUCUGUUGUUUGAUAAUCCAAAUAUCAGAUGGGAAGACUUCAAACGACAAAUGCGGGACAUGCUUCGCCACAGUGAUCAAAAAGGUACAGAAACAAGAAAACCCAGUGGCUCUUUAUAUACAUUUCCUAUGCCAGAUUGCAUGUGUAAACAAGCCGAAGCCAAGAAUGAAAACGUUCAUUUAUUAUUAUAGUAAUUUAUUUUAUUAUUAUUAUUAUUAUUAUUAUUUCUAGUUUUAGGAUGUCUCGAUUAAUUAUUUUUUGUACACGUGUAAUCUAUAAAUAUAUAUAUACAUCCUUUUUGUA